AAAUUAAUUCCAUUCAUUCGAUGUAAUUGAUGGCGAGCACAUGACAUUGGGCGACAAAAAUGAGUAUCCUAAAAUCUGUUUCAUUGUGGCCAUUGUUGUUGUUGUUGUUGUUGUUGUCAUCGGCUAUUUUAAUGGCAGCAGCCGAUACAAAUUCCAGUGAUGAGGACAAACGGACAAUUUCCUGGCGACAAACAAAUGAUAAUCUGGCCAAAGAGAAACCAACACCACCGAUGGAGAGUUUUGUCAUACUGCAUGAACAACAGGAUCCGGAUGAAAGUCUACUUGGACGUGAAUUUGAACAUCUGAAAACAUUCCUGGCCAACAAUAUGCCAGCGAUGAAUCCAGUGCAGGCAAUUUCCUCCUGGAUCACGACACCAAUGAGACGAUUGUGGUCUCGACGAGAAAGUGGUCAUCGUUCAGUGAUGAACGAUACGAUAAACGCAAUUUACAAUCGUCUCAUUGAUUAUGGCUUCCACUCGGUGGGCAUCAGUGAUUCAUGCCGAGAGUUGGCCAUAUGCAAUACGUCCAACUACAUUCUCACACAAAUGCCUGCAUUCCUCGAAAGCUAUGGUCGCGAGCGAUUGAUGAAUUUUCCGACAUCAGUGUUUGGCAAUCAUGAUUACACGAAUGCCUGGAUAGUGGGCCUAAGUUCGGCCGAACCAUCAUUCUGUCCAUCGUUGUUUGCGUGCGAUAAUACAGUCAUCACUAAUAAUAUGGAUAUGAAUAUGAUUUCCACCGAAAAGAUACCGAUUCAGGUGAAUCAACAGACAGCCUAUUACAUGGAUGCUUCCAACGCAAACAAUGAAGGACAGCGUCAACCACCACCACCUCUGAUGCUUUUGAUCGAGGUCAUAGCAGCCAAUUCAACUGGACAUUAAUUUAUAAAUGCACACACAAACAGACAAACAGAAUAUUGAAAUGAAAAUGGUGUCUAUGAACAGCUCUUUAAACUGUUUAAAACACGUGACACGGUUUCAUGUUUUGACAACAACAAC